GUGCAAUCAUUGGUUCGGCGGAUAACAAAGUCGAGAUAGUGGAGGCCUCGAUGUUAGUCCUAUUGUUUGUGCUAAUUGUGGUGUUUCUCUACUAUAACGCACAACUCAUGGAUAAACUAACGGCCGCCCUCAAGAAGACAAGUGUUGAGCACAAGAACUGCGACUGUCCUGAAGAGGAAUGCAAUGGCAACUGUUCCCAAGCCUUAGCAUACAAUGAGAAAACUCCAUUACUAUCGCCGCCCAAUGGGUUACAACGACCCCUUUCCAUACAAUACGCGCCCGGAUAUAAAGAGAUGUCGUAUGAGAUCCUGAACACCUCUUUGGAGACAACC